AUGCCCACUCUCCGUCGUUCACAUUCUACAGCUGCGAGGGAGGCGAAGGAGCAAGAUAGAAAGAAAAUAGAAGCAGCGAGCGCUCGAGGUCGGCCGUCGUUGCAGGCUGGCGAGCGUAAGCGGGCAGUGAAGAUACCGGAGCGACCGAAGACGGCAGACGAUCGACAUCGCAGCUUUUCCCGCCCACGGACGGCACACAGUGGUGCAGAGCGGAACAUGGAACAAGAGCUGCCGCCAGAAAUUAUUGAGUUCCGCUCUGGCGCCGACACCUACAACUUCCCGACACCGUCCCCUCGAGUGCCGCCUAAGAGCGCUACGUUCCAUCAUUCGCCGUCGCCGUCGCCGUUGGCAUUCAGAGAAUCGCCUGGUAUUGGCAUGGCCUUGGGGUCUCCAACACAAGCCGCUAUGCCUACGUGGGGACGUUCACAGACCGCAGACCAGCUGGGGAGCAGGAGAAAGGCACCAUCACCAAUCGACCAUCCGUCACCAGCUCUGCCCGAGCGUACUACUUCACGUUCGCAGAGACCGGAGCUGAAGAAGAAGUCGUCGAACUGGAAAUCGAUAAGAGACUUGUUUGGCCGGAAACCGUCAAAGACAGAGGUGCCGGAACCAUUCUACAAACUGAAAGUGCCGGAAGCGCAGAGCGCAGAUCGGCCUACUGCGUACAGUGCCUCACCACCUCCCGUGGCGAAGGGAGACACUGUGAGAUCACGCAUCCAUCAACGAACACCUUCGAUGACGCGAGGGAUGGCACGGCUAGAAGCUCGUACACAGCAUGAGUCGGUCGAAAUGUUCUCUCCAUCUGCCCAUGAGCGGACCGACUCGCCACUAUCCACGACCGAGAAGAUUGACCCUAUGAGGACGCCACAGUUGAACCUUGAUCUGCCGAGUCUAGGAUUCGACAGAUACAGCGUGAUGUUUGAGAAACUGCUUGAAGAGCCGAAACCGUCGAUUUUGGAGCGGCGGCAAAGCAAACUACCACGAAAGAAAUCGCUCAAGAUUCUGGAGUCAACCCGCAGUAUAAGCGAGCAAUCCGUGAUUGCCGAACAGCCCACUGCACCUGCUGUGCCCCAGCGCAGCCUCACAUCGCCCAGCCUGCUGAAAUCCCGCCUCUCGGUCAAAGUCUCCAAGAAAGACCGAGCGGAAGACGAGAAAACUGCCGCCUUCCACCGCCCACAACCCAUACAACGCUCCAGGACCGCACCUCCAGGCGCCCAAUCUCCACGAACAGCAGCCUUCAUCAAAGCCAACAGAUUAGGUCCAACCCCAACCUCAGCAACCUUCUCCCAAAUCUCCGAAAACUCCCUCCCCCCAACCCCCAACACCGCCAACACCACGGUCUCCGACAAAGACUCCGUCGCCAUAAUCAGCAACGCCAAAAAAGCCUCCGCCCCCGCCCCAACAGCAGAACCAAGCUGGGACAUGCUCACCUCUCUCCCCGCACGAACGCAAUCGUAUCGUCAACAGCAACAGCAGCGGGAGCCUUAUCUGCGGGUCAAGAGCCCAGAGGAUCUGGAGAAGCAGAUGGUGCAGGUUUCCGUGGCGCGACAGGUUUCCGUCACCAAGGCACGGCGGACGGUGCAGCAUGCUGUGGUGACGAAGCAGCCUUUAAAGCCGAGGGUGGUGGUUAUGGGGGGUAGGGAGAAGGAGAGGAAGAGUACGGUUGUUUUGAUUGAGAGUGGGGAUGAUUGA